AUGCCAUACUUCGCGAAGAAUGCGGUGAUCUACCUGCCCACGAACUGUGUACCAUUGUCAGUGACUAUCGAUUGCGAGCAACCGAAUCUGCAAAUAAUGUUCUUCCAGAUGAACCGUUCAACAUCUGCCUCCUUGGUAGAAGAUAAAGCCUCGGCCUCAAUCCAUUUGGUGAAGUGCCGUUGGCAUAGGUCCCACCAAGUCAAUGGCCCACUACAUGAAUGGCCAUGGACUGUUCUGCGGAUGGUAUUCCUCUGCGGGCAGGCCAGGGACCGGCUUGUAGCGUUGGCAUCGAUCACAUCUUCGAGCAUACUCCGUGGAGUCUUGGCGCAUGGUAGGCCAGAAAUAGCCGAUUCUGAGAGCCUUCUGAGCAAGGGAUCUGCCCCCAGCGUGAUUUCCACAUUCGCCGUCGUGUAUCUUGCAGAGAACCUCGAGCAUUUAUGGGUACUUGAUGCAAGUGAGAUGAGGCCCGGAGUAUGA